AUGUCUCUGCUGGCAACUGUACUGCUGCUCUGGGCCACACCACCACCACCAGUGCUGACUUGCUCAGAAAGUUCCACAGUGGAGCCACCCCAGACGGCCCGAUGGAUCCUUCUCUGUGUGGCACCUCUGAAUGAUGUUGAAUUUCAACUGAGGCAGGGGAAGCGUGAGAUGAAAGUCCCCAUGGUCAGCACCAGCCCAGAGCAAGUCAGCUUCUCUCUGAAACUGUCUGACAUGGGUGACCAGAGCCCUUUCACCUGCAGCUACCGUCUAAGCAGAAAGGCGGUUUGGUCCGAAGACAGUGAGCCCUUGGAGCUGAUGUGGAGCGAUGAAACACUACCAGCACCAGUGUUCACCGCAGAGCCAUCAGCGCAUCAGAGCUUUGAGUCUGGUUCGACAGUGCAGCUUCGAUGUACCGCACCCAGUGCUGGCCUACGCUCUGAGGCUGGCCUACGCUUUGGCCUGCAUCUCCAAGACCUGGAUGAGUGCAUUCUGCUCCAGACACUGAAGUCUUCUGGUAAUGAAGCGCUCUUCCAGCUGCAAAACCUCUCAAUCACAGACUCGGCCAGCUACAGCUGCAUCUACACUGAACUGGCCCCACCCUUCUCAGGAUCUGCACCCAGCGAUCCCGUGACUUUGCUGGUGAAUGGUGAGCUCUGGAUAGAAGCCCAGUGGGGUGCUAGAUAA